GUCCAUGUUGAAAAGAUUACUGGGACUCUGUAGUGAUGAGACCAAGAUGAAUGUUUUUGGAAUCGAUGGCUUAAACUGUAUGGUGUCGCAAAGGUCAGGAGUACAAAGAAAAAUGCAUGGUGCCUACAGUGUAACAUGGUAAUGGCAACAUCAUUCUGCGGGCCUGCACGAGUGCUGCUGGUGUCAGGAAGCUGCAUUUCAUUGAUGGUAUCAUGAAUUCACAGAUGUACUGUUCUAUAUUGAAAGAGAAGGUUUCCAACAUGAAAAUGAUCCAAAACACACAUCUAAGGCCACUGUUGCAUUUC